AUGACAAGUGCAACAAACAUCGUGGGCGGAUCAAUUGCAGAGGCACUGCCAGUGACCGAUAAGUACUGGUCUCAGCAGCGGCAUUUGCUACGAUUGAACCUCGUCCUCCUCAUCCCCCUGCUCUCGUCCUCGACUUUUGGCUAUGAUGGGUCUUUGAUGAACGGACUGCAAUCCUUGAGACAAUGGCAAGAAUACUUCAACAAUCCCAGGGGCAGCCUCUUGGGAACCAUCAUCGCCUCUCAGUCUAUCGGAAGUGUCAUCGCGCUUCCAUUCCUAGCCCAUCUCUGCGAUCAGUAUGGUCGUAAGCCAAUCCUGUUUGCGGGACUGGUCAUCAUAUGCAUCGCCACGGGUAUACAAUGUGCAUCGGUGAACCUGCCGAUGUUCAUAGUAGCCCGCAUUCUGAUUGGAAUUGGAGGCAUGUUCAGUUCCCAGCCAAGCCCAAUGUUGAUUGCCGAGUUGGCAUAUCCUACCCAUCGUGGUAAAUAUACUUCGGCAUACUGGACCAUGUACUACCUGGGUGCGAUCCUCUCUUCAUGGUGCACAUUUGGCACCCAAGCUCUAUCCGGCAGCUUGUCAUGGCGCAUACCCUCCCUCCUACAAGCAGGGUAUCCUCUGGUGCAGCUAAUCUUCCUUUACUGGGUUCCAGAAUCCCCACGAUGGCUAGUAGCGCAAAACCGGAUCCAAGAAGCCACAGCCACUCUCCAGAAAUACCAUGCCGGCCAAGAGGAUCCAAACGCAGAACCUUCACCUCUUGUUGCAGUAGAGAUAGCCGAGAUCACCCACGCCAUCGAAAUCGAGAACAGUUCCCAAUCCACGGGCUGGUCCACCUUGGUAGCAACACCAGGCAACCGCAAACGAACCACCAUCGCAAUCUGCGUCGGCGCCUUCGCCCAAUGGAACGGCAUCGCCGUAGUCUCCUACUUCCUGACCCUCGUCCUCGACUCCAUCGGAAUCACAUCCCCCCACACCCAAACCCUCCUCAACGGCCUUCUCCAACUCUUCAACUUCGCCGCCUCCCUAACGGCCGCAUUCCUCGUCGACCGACUCGGCCGCCGCACCCUAUUCCUCUGGAGCGGAAUCGGCAUGUUCAUCUCCUACAUAAUCUGGACCGUUUGUUCGGCCCUCACCACCGAAACUGGCUCCAAGCCCGCAGGCUACAUCGUUAUCGUCUGCGUCUUCAUUGUCUUCUUCCACUACGACAUCGCCUGGACCCCGCUACUCUUCGGCUACCCGACAGAAAUCUUCCCUUACUCGCUUCGCUCCAAGGGCCUGGCCGUCGAGAUGAUGGCCGUGUACGGGUCUCUGGUUAUUUCCUCAUUCUGUAACCCGAUUGGGAUUGCGAAUCUGGGCUGGAAGUACUAUAUCGUGUUUUGUGUUUUUCUGGCGGGGAUCUUGGGCACGGUGUUUUUUUAUUUCCCCGAGACGAAGGGGCAUUCUUUGGAGGAGAUUGCGGUUAUUUUUGAUGGGGAUUCACGGCGUGGUAUGUUGGAUUUUGGUGAUGAGGGGGGUUGUUUGGUAGAUGAGGGGAAGAGGGGGGGAGGGGAGCAUGUGGAGGUUGUGGAAUGA